AUGUCCCACGUCUCCCAAAUCCACGUCGAAUGCCAGGCUGGCUACACCUUCAUCGUCGAAGCCCGCUUCCCCUCCGGCGACAUUGCCAACCUCGGCCACACCUCCUCCGGCCAAACUACCGAUACUAUCUUCGACUUAGCUGAGAAGGAAGAUGAAACCUUCGAAAUCUGGGCAGGAGGCGCCGGAGUUGUUGAUCGUUGGGGGUUUGAUUCUCCGGUUAAGGCGGGCGAUGAGUAUUAUGUCUAUGACCCGGAUCCGGCGGGGAAGGUGAAGAUUGUUGGGAAGGGGCAGGCGGGGAGUAAGCCGAGGGUUGAGGUUUAUUAUAGUACUUCUUGA